AUGUGUGAUGACCACCAGCCCAAGCAAGCUGCUGACCAGAUGAAGAACCAAGAGCAGCUGGCAGCAGAACUUGCCGAAUUCACUGCCAAGAUCGUACUUUUAGAAGAAGCCAAGAAGAAGGAAGAGGAAGCUACUGAGUGGCAGCACAAAGCUUUUGCAGCUCAAGAAGACUUGGAAAAGACCAAAGAAGAGUUAAAAACUGUAAUGUCUGCACCUCCUCCCCCGCCCCCGCCCCCGCCCCCAGUCAUUCCUCCCACAGAGAAUGAGCAUGAAGAGCAAGAUGAAAACAGUGCUGAGGCCAGCGCAGAGCUGUCCAGCGAGGGGGUGAUGAACCACAGAAGCAAAGAAGAGCGGGUAACAGAAACUCAGAAGAACAAACGCGUGAAGAAGCAGCUCCAGGCAUUAAGUUCAGAAUUAGCCCAAGCCAGAGAUGAAACCAAGAAGACACAGAAUGAUGUUCUUCAUGCUGAGAAUGUCAAGGCAGGCUGUGAUAAAUACAAGACUCUCCGACAGAUUCGACAAGGCAACACCAAGCAGCAUAUUGAUGAGUUUGAAGCCAUGUGAGAGUUGUUCUUGUGAUCCGUGUCCUUCAUAAGCUGAACCACCUGAGAAAGCAGGCCUAUGCAGAUGCAGUGGAGGCAUCCACCUUGCCAAAGCAC